UCGGCUUCGUCCCACCGAGCUGACAUCUCCCAUCCUCCCUUCCCUCGCCGUAAUUCCAUCUCCGUCUCCAUUUUCGAUCCCACCCCCAUCUCGCCAUUGUCCCGGCUCGAAGCAAAACCCGCUCGUCUCGGCUGUCUCGUCGUCGGAGCACUCCUCCUUUCACCCCUCCGCCACUUUUCCCAACCGCACAAGGAAAAGGCGGAGGAUUAAUCUUGCAGCGCGGGUGUUGCCGCCGUCCCCCCUCCCGCGCCUCUCGCGGCGUUUGGAGCUCCUCUCCCUGGAUUCCUUCAAAUUCGGAGGUACUGCGUGUUCUUACAACUGAUUUGGGCUCCGCGCUGCACUGUUCGUCGGUAGCAAUCCUACUGUAUUUCGUUUAUCCGUCUGUCGCAUUUCAGAUUAGAGUAAUGGAUCGGCAUUGUGGAUUCGAUGACAUUGAAUCGCAGUUAAGGCUGUGCGCGUCUCCUUGUAAAGGUUUAGCCGCCGACAAUGUGAUGGCAUAUGAAUGCUGGCAACUGUUUCGGCAAUCUUUAGCUUCCCUUGCUUCCAAUGUUUUGUUUCCCAAAGUCUGCAUAAGUUAAAUACCCCAGUCCGAGGGCAAGUAAAGAAUAUAACUAUACAGGUGUUGCGUUGUUAAGCAGCCAACCACCAUAUAAGACGGUAACUAGUACCAAUUCUUUAGCAAGUCAUCUAGUCCACAACCUUGUUGGUCUUCAUAGUACCGAUGCGUUUGCCGUCUUGCGGAUAAUGUUACGAUUGAAGACACCAUGUUGCUGCUGCCGAUCUGCGUGUGCUAGCUGCUUAAACAAUUUGGGGUCAACUGGACUAGGUAUUUUAGUUUGGAGAAUGCUCUCUUAUUUGAAGGCUAAAACAUCCAUACCGAAUCAAGACUAUCUAAUAGCGCUUUAACUGGAUGCGGCUCUACUCACCUGCGCUCUGUUUGCGGCGAUCAAGCAUGCAUUCCCAUACUAAUCAGUUCCAGGGAGGCUUCACACACAAUAUGGCCUUGUGGAAAUGCUCGCACUCGCAGUCAAGCGCUUACCAUGUGAAAUCGUCUCAACCACAAAGUCUGAAGUACUUUGUAAGCUUAAUGGGCCAACAAUUCCGUUGUGGACUGUCAACUAGAGAGGGUAGUCUAAGUGUAAAACUUGACAUGCCUUCACAAGAAAAAUCGAGAAUCAGCUGGAACUGGAAAGGUAUGCAUCAGAAGAUAGGAGGUGUAGCCGGUGGACUUUGCUUUGGUUUUUCGGUUACUGGACUAGCAAGCGCUGAGGUUCCUAUCAUUAGAAUCAAAGACAACGGCGAAUCUUCAUCUACCAGUUCAACUCAUGGGAAGAAAGUCUACACAGAUUAUUCUGUCACUGGUAUUCCUGGAGAUGGAAGGUGUCUAUUCCGCUCUGUGGUUCAUGGUGCGUGCAUUAGGUCAGGGAGACCCAUACCUAAUGAAGAUCUUCAGAGAAAACUAGCUGAUGAAUUGAGAGCAAUGGUCGCUGAUGAAUUUGUAAAGAGGCGGGAAGAGACUGAAUGGUUCGUUGAGGGGGAUUUCGAUACAUAUGUUUCGCAUAUUAGGGAGCCACAUGUGUGGGGAGGUGAACCAGAAUUGUUCAUGGCUUCCCAUGUUCUUCAGAUGCCGAUAACUGUUUACAUGCACGAUGAAGAUGCGGGUGGUCUGAUAGCAAUUGCGGAAUAUGGCCAGCAGUAUGGGAAAGAGGAACCAAUCCAGGUCUUAUAUCAUGGUUUUGGCCAUUAUGAUGCUCUACAGAUUCCAGCAAAGAUUGGUUCCAAGCGGAAACUGUAGAAAUAUCGAGUUCAAAAUUGAAACGAUAAGUCAUGGGGUGAUAUCUUUCCCAUUCUUCAUAUGCAAAUAGAUAUUACUAAGGUGCCGAGUACUAACCUUGUUGGUGUUUAUACCACUUACUGAACAUUUAAGCUAUACGCAUCUGUACAUGUGAAUGUGGAAGAUGGGCUUUGAUGAGGACUUGAAACGGCAUCAAAUCACCAAGCAGAAACGCUGUUAUAUAAUUCAAAAUGACUCAUGAACAGUCACUUCUUGAGUUUUU